GGCGUGUCCUCCGUCGCCAUGACGGCGGGGAAGGGGGGCGCGUCCUCUGUUGCUAUAGCGACGGGUAAACGGGCCGGCGGAGGCGUCCAAAAUGCCAGGCAGUGCGUGGUCCCUGGGUGGUUCCUCACAUGGUUCUUCUGUCCGUUCCCGCUCCCACUCUCACCCACGGUACAGAACUAAGGCUGUCAAAUCGGAGGUGGAUGAAAGUCUCUUCGGGCUUGCCAAGAAUGUCCGACUGUCCUGUUCUGGCAGUCCCCUUGUGGUCCUUCAAGAUAUCGCAACGGCAGGGAAAUCCCUGGGUUGGGGCCGCAAGCCGGAGAAAAUCCGCAUCAUCACGAGAGACCUCGUCCGGGACCUCGUAGUACCCGCCGUGGAUCCGUCAGGAGAGUCCCUCAUCAUCAGCCCUGAGGAAUUUGAGCGCAUCAAGAACGCAGCCCGUAUCCUGACCAAGGAAGAACGCGAAGCGCAACAAGUGGCCCUUAAGGCAGAGAGAGAAGCCAUCAUAGUUGCUGUGAACGAGCGAAAGAAAUCCAUGAAGCUCAAGGAGAUUUUGCGGAAGAAGAACGAGAAGUUGAACGAUCUAGAAGAGGAGGCCAAGGAACGGGCGCAGUACCUGCUGGAGAGAGCUGCCGACCUGCGCCUGGAGCAGGAAGACGAGAUCAAAACACUCAACAAGGUCAUCCUGGAAGCCAAGUGCCAUGCCAUCCGGGAUGCCCAGAUCCUGGAGAAAAAACAGAUUGAGAAGGAGCUGGGGGAGGAGGAGAAGAGGCUGGCCCACAUGAUGGAAGUAGAGAGACAGAAAGCAAACGAGAUGCAAGCGGAACUAGAACGGAAGAGGAAAGAGGAGUUGUUCAGGGGGAGGCGUCACAUCGUGGAGCAGAUAGAGAAGAACGAGGAAUCGCGGGCCAUGAAGGCUGAGCAACGAGACCAGGAGGCCCAAGAGAUGCUGGACUAUUUGGAGCGACUCCAGUUUGAAGACGAGAGGGAAAUGGAGCGCAAGCGGCUGGAACAGUUGAGGAUCCAGGCAGAGAUUAAGCGCAUUAACGAUGAGAAUCAGAAACGGAAAGAGGAGAUGAUGGAGCAUGAGAAGAUGGCGGACAGGCGGGUGCUGGAGUACCAGCAGAAAAAGAUGGAACGAGAGGCUGAGUUUGAGGCAGAGCAGGAGAGGAUCCGAAAGGAGAAGGAAAUGGAGACCGCUCGCCUACGGGCACUGCAGGAGAAAGCCCGGGAUCACCAAGCUGAGCAGGAUGCUCUGAGGGCCAAGAGGAACCAGGAAGCGGCGGAGCGGGAAUGGCGCCGGAAAGAGAAAGACGCGGCUCAGAAGAAAGCCCAGACGGAGGCCAUGCUGAAGCAGAGCCGCUUGGAGCAGGUGGCCCAGAAAGAACACAGCUUGGCUGUCCAAGUCCAGCGGGACCGGGCCGAGUUCGAAAGAAUUGUCAGGAUUCAGCGGGAGCAGAUAGAGAAGGAGCGGAAGGAGCUGGAGCGGCGCAUGGCUCUCCAGCGGACCCACGCCGACGAGAUCCGGCGCCAGGUGCGGGAGCAGCAGCAGAAGCAGAUCCUGGAGCGCACGGCCAUCUUCGAGGAGAGCAAGCGGCUCAAGGAGGAGGCGCGGCGACACAGCGAGCGGCUGAACGAGAUCACGCGGAAGAAGCUGGACGAACUCCGAGCGGCUGGCCUCCCGGAGAAGUACUGUACCCAAGUGGAGCGCAAAGCGUAUGGCCAGUCGGCCCCUCUGCGCAGCUGAAUGGAGGAGCGUCUUCCCCACGCAGACACGUCCUGUUGCCCAGAUCCUCUAUUUUCUUAUUUUUCUGAGAGUGUUUUAUGAAUAAAUC